AUGAUGCGUAUUACCAUACAUCAAACUCGAUGGAUGAUCCGAUGCGAUCAUCAUUAUUCACUGGAAGACUCCUUUCUUCGUCGUGAUGACACUGUGAGUUAAAGAAUGGUACGUUGGUUGUAAUAUUAGAAUUUCUCUAAAAUACAGUCAAACCCCGUUAAUACAGACACUGAGGCCAUAGGAUCGAGGGAUCCAUGUCGAGGGUCGAGGGUAGCAGAUUUUUCCCACUUUUUUUUUAAUGAAAAAAAAAAAAAAUAAAAAAAAGAAGAAGAAAGAAAAAGAAGGAAAGAAAUAAAAUCUAAAGUAAAAUAAACGAAGAAUAGAAAAAAUAAUAGGAUUUUAACGAGUCCCACUUUAAAUCUGUUAAGUGUUAGGGGGUGGGGGUGAGUUAAGAUAGUAAAAUAGCACAUAGACAUCCUUCCCAAAACAAACCAAAUACCUUUAGAACUCACAUAAGUCCAUAUUUGAUUAUAAAUAUGCUUAGACUUCUCGUGUUACUGUAUUAUUACCACAAAAACAAAAAAGAUCGACAAAAGCGAAAUAAACUGUUUCACAACAUGGGAGUGUCAUCCAACUGUCUCUGGACAAUAAAAUUUGGCUUCAGUAACACCUAAGUUCAUUUAUCAAAUUUGUCUCCCGACGAAAAACGUUGAUUAGAAAAAAUGUUUUCUGUUUUCUGUUUUGAAAUCUAAUGGCAUUCUGCGAUAUCAAGGAUGUAGAACUGGUCGUCAAAAGAUCCCAGUAAGUAUUUCUUACCGUCCUGAUAAAGCUUACUCAUACAAAAAUUCAAUUUCUCGGUCACUUGUCCAUGUUCCUAUUGUCUCUGUCGAAAACCCGGAUGAGUUUCUUUACUCGAAUUACUCGAAUCCAUGGGUCUACAACAGCAUGCAUGUUGUCACUCUAUGAAUCAGAACAUACCUUGGAUUUAAUUACUACUUAGCCAUGUGAUUCGGUUCUUUCAAGUGUUCCUGUGUCCGACUACUUUCUUUCUGAUGAUUGUUCGUUAUUAUGUAUCCUUACAGUGAGUAAACCGACUCCUCCGACUAAAUCAAUAUCUCACAGGAAAAUCAAAGCUAUUGAUUUACAAGUAUUAUGUUCGAAUUAUGUUAUGAAAUGUCCUCAAUCAUAACUAUGCUAGGACAGUCCUAACACGCUGAACGACCUUGUAAAAUGUUACAUUCUAACUCUGGCUUCUAUCAUUCAUCGUCAAGCCCCAUUACUGACCAAGAAAUUUACAGUCAGACCUCUUGUGACUUGGUUCAAUAAUGACAUUAAGAAACCACGUAGGGAGAGACGGCAAACGGAAAUAAGAUGGCGUCGUACUCGUAGCGCCCCUGAUCUUAAAGGAAAUUUAAAGAAAGGAAGAAUCACACAAAGCAUCUGA